ACUGGGACCGCCGCCCACACCACCACCAUGAGUGAUCAGCAGCUGGACUGUGCCUUGGACUUAAUGAGGCACCUGCCUCCACAGCAGAUAGAGAAAAACCUCAGCGACCUGAUCGACCUGGUCCCCAGUCUAUGUGAAGAUCUCCUGUCUUCUGUUGACCAGCCACUGAAAAUUGCCAGAGACAAGGUGGUGGGAAAGGAUUACCUUUUGUGCGAUUACAACAGAGACAGGGACUCCUAUAGGUCACCAUGGAGUAACAAGUAUGACCCUCCCUUGGAAGACGGGGCCAUGCCUUCUACUCGGCUGAGAAAGCUGGAGGUGGAAGCCAACAAUGCCUUUGACCAGUGCCAAGACCUGUAUUUUGAAGGCGGCAUCUGGUCUGUCUACCUCUGGGAUCUGGAUCACAGCUUCGCCAGAGUGAUCCUCAUAAAGAAGGCUGGAGACGGAUCAAAGAAGAUCAAAGGCUCCUGGGACUCCAUCCACAUGGUGGAAGUGCAGGAGAAGUCCAGUGGUCGCACUGCCCAUUACAAGCUGACCUCCACGGUGAUGCUGUGGCUGCAAACCAACAAAUCCAGCUCUGGCACCAGGAACCUCGGAGGCAGCCUGACCAGACAGAUGGAGAAGGACGAAACUGUGAGCGACAGCUCGCCGCACAUAGCCAACAUUGGGCGCCUGGUAGAGGACAUGGAAAACAAAAUCAGAAGUACACUCAAUGAGAUAUACUUUGGGAAAACAAAGGACAUCCUCAAUGGGCUGAGGUCUGUGCAGACGUUUGCAGACAAAUCCAAACAAGAAGCUUUUAAGAACGACCUGGUGGAGGCGUUGAAGAGAAAGCAGCAAUGUUAAACCUCUGCUUCACGCUGCGGGACCUGCCAUGCACUCGAUAGGUUCCUUUCUUAGAAAACUCACUUUCU